AUGGACGGCGACUUCCUGCAUGCGAUCAAUGGCGACUGGGACUCGCUGCUCACGAUCAUGCGCGAGAACCGCCAGGUAGCACAGCGCACGGACGCCAGCGGCAUGACGGUAUUGCACUGGGUUUGUCUGCACCAAGACGCACCCACUGAUAUCGUGGUCAAGGUGGUUUUCGCCAACCCAUACGCCGUGCACAUGCGCAAUGACGCCGGCCAUCUACCCAUCGAUCUGGCCAUUCAGGCCGAGUGUGGCGAGCGCAUCCUCGAGGUUCUACGCGCAGCCGCGCACGGCAGCCACCGCCCGGAAGACGACGGAGGUGAAUUGCACCAACACGACCUCAUGGGUAAGGACGACGGAGAGCCUACCACGGAGACUAUAGACUACCAUCUUCCGUACAAUAACCAUACCAUCCUACACGACGAUAUCCGCGAUGGAUCAGACUACCUACCCCACCAGAACCACACGUACUACAGUGAAUCCGAAGACGAAGUGGACGAGGACGAGCUCGAAUACCAGCAACACCAUCGACACUACCAGCCGCAGCCGUUUCAGCGUAAGGGGCGACUCGAGAGGAGCGUGUCGGACCAAGACUCGUUCUACGACCCACCACAGGGAAACCACGGUGGCGCUAGUAUGUAUAGCGGCUUUGGGGUGGGCCCAGAUCGUGAACGCGGCAGCACUCUGUCACGAAGCGACCCGCACGUCAAGUCGUUGCUGACCGAGCAGCGUCUCCGUGAGCGAGAGAACGACCUGAUCUCGAUCGCGACUGCGGACGACUCGAUGCCUCUGGGGAGAUCAGUCCAACCUUCAACGAGUCAGUGCUGUUACGGCUCACCUUCUCUCUAG